ACUUUUUUCUCUUCAAAUGUUAAUUGAUCAGCAUUAGUAUGAUAUUUUAACUUUCAAUCCAAGUCAAGAUUGAGUAGUCCACUCAUUAACGGUAAAACUCCAAACAUUUGAAGAUACAUAGUACUCAAGUAACUUGAAUAUACAUCCACAUUUCCUCGAUCCGGUACCGUCGCAUUUCAGCAUCUUUUAAAACAUCUUUUGAAGAGACAUAUUUUAAAACACAUCUUUUAGAACAUAUUUUGAUAUAGAAGUCGAGUUCACAGCGAUGACGACAUACCAUUGUAUGAUCACUCGACAUAAAUGAUUGAUUUGAGGUCCCUUACUUCGUGUUUGUUUCUUUAUGCACACCACAUCUCUUACAACAUAUUCUGAUAUAGAACUCGGGGUCACGACGGUGACAAAAGGCCACUGGAUGAUCACUCAACAAUGGUGCUUGGUUGGAGUGGACCUCAGUGGCGAAAGUGUAUAUGCAAACACUCUGAUGACAAAAGAGCAUGUGCCGUGAAAGGUGGUGAUGUGAGGCUUAUAUAGCCUGAAGAAGAAAUAUGACUUAAUGGAAAGUUAUCUAUUAAAGGGAAAGUGGAUACCUUAAUGUAGAGGUGUAGAUCAUCAAUUUUGAAAGAAGAAAAGUAAAAUGAAAUUAUUUAGUACAUAAAAAGACAAAAUAAAAAUAUUUUAAAAAAUUAUAUGAAUGGGGUAUACUCCUACUACAUGUGAUGCUUGCAUAUUCAUGAUAAGGAAAAUUUUCUCAAAAAUCUACAAUCACUUCAAAAGAUAAAGACGUGUCGUGUCUGUCUUCCACUCCAUAUUUUGACUUGUUGUAUCUUCUACUAACUCUUCUAGUUACAUCUUCUAGUUCCAGAAAAGACAGAGAAAAUGGCAACCAUUGAUACAACCAAGCCUAACCUUGAUCCAACGUUGAAUGAGCGCAAAGCAUUUGAUGAAACCAAAGCUGGUGUCAAAGGUCUUGUUGAUGCAGGUAUUAACAAGAUUCCAAGCUUUUUCCAUCAUCAACCUGACAAAUAUCAGAAAUCCAACAACACAAACCAUGCUAUUCCUGUCAUAGACCUUGCAGAUAUUCACCAAGGGACUGUUGACAGAAUCAAGGAAGCGUGUGAAACUUGGGGUUUUUUUCAGAUUGUUAAUCAUGGAAUUCCAUUGAGUGUUCUUGAGGAGUUGAAAGAAGGUGUUAAGAGGUUUUAUGAGAUGGAUGCACAAGUCAAAAAAGGUUUGUAUACAAGAGAUCAAGAUAGAUCAUUUAUUUAUAAUAGCAAUUUUGAUAUUUAUAGCUCACCAGCACUCAACUGGAGAGAUACUUUUAUGUGUUACUUGGCUCCUGAUACUCCCAAUCCACAAGAUUUUCCUAUAGCUUGCAGAGAUAUAUUGCUAGAAUAUGGGAAACAGAUGGUGAAUUUAGGGACUUUACUGUUUGAAUUGUUGUCACAAGCUUUAGGUUUGAAUCCAAACCAUUUAAAAGACAUGGAUUGUGCUGAAGGACUACUUGCUCUUUGCCAUUAUUAUCCACGGUGCCCUGAACCGGAAUUGACUAUGGGAACAACCAAGCAUUCCGACAAUGAUUUUCUCACUGUGCUUCUACAAGAUCAUAUUGGUGGUCUUCAAGUUCUUCAUCAAGAAAAAUGGAUUGAUGUUAAACCUGUCCCUGGGGCUCUCAUAGUUAAUGUUGGAGAUCUUUUGCAGCUUAUUACAAAUGACAAAUUCAAGAGUGUUGAACAUAGAGUACUUGCCAAUCGUGUCGGUCCAAGAAUAUCGGUUGCGUGCUUUUUCUCCACAGGUGUUAGGUCAUCCUCAAAGCUGUAUGGACCUAUGGAGGAGCUUUUGUCAGAAGAGAAUCCUCCCAAAUACAGAGAAACCACAGUUGCUGAAUAUGUAGCCUACUUUAAUGCAAAAGGAUUAGAUGGUACUUCAGCUCUUACACAUUACAGAAUUUGAAUUAGGCACUAUGGAAGAAAAGAGAUUAGCUCAUACAAAUAAUUGAAUAAACUUGGUCAGUUUAUUAUGAUGGUGUAGUUAGUCAUGAAUUCCACAUGAUUGUGACAUGAAUUAGAAAAAUGAUGUGGGAUCUAUUUCAUGCCAUGGAUGAAUUCAAAGCAUAUGAACAUUCACUUAUUGAAAACAAAGGUGAUCACAGUUUUCUUCAUAAACUUGUUUUAACUAGGUUGCUCUCCGGAACUUAUUAUAGAGAGACAAUUAUAGAAUCUAUUUCUUGAAACGUGAAAUCAUUUCUUCCUAAGGAAAAAAAAAUCAUCCUUCUUCA